CCGGUGAAAUCCAUGCCGGGUUUUGCGCGCAGCUCAUUCAGAAGCAGCUCCUGCAGACGGCAGGUUGCACUCUGUCACUGCGCUGGCGCUGCGAAGCGGGAGCCGGUGCCUCUGUUCCGAGCCGCACUCACAGCGCCGUGAAUGAGAUCUUCUCCGAAGGCAGAGAGCUUGAAAGUGGGAAGUCAUGCUGAAGGCCGCACUGUAAUUUAUGGAGGACACAGACUGAACCAGGACCAGCGGUGGAGACGCGCUUCUCGUUAGAAGCGAACCGCUUCCCAGCUCCUGCGUCGCUUGCGCUCGCUGGCUGAUACUCUUGAUUUCUUUGCAUCUUGAAUCCCGUGGAAGAGGGGGACGGAGGAGAAGGAACUCAAAAUAAAACGGAGGGAACCUUUAUCCCUUUCGACUGAGUGGCGCUCUGCCAUGGGGCAAGUUGAGCAGUCUGUGGGAAUGUGCGGACUCAGAGGAGGGUCCGCUACCUGAUAAGGCUCGAUCCGUCCCGGACAAGUGGAGCAUGUCUCUCCGCCGCAGAGACUGCCUUUGUGCUGUCUGCCGUGCCUUUGAGCGCUGGAGAGGUCCUGCUGCAGCCCUGCCUGCUUCAUCCUUCUGUUCGCUGUCCGUUUGAACUCGCAUCCAGCGUUAAAACAUCCCUCGACAGUUUUUACACAUCGGUGAGAAGAUCAGAGAUGAGGAGUCUUCGCGGAUGACAGGUUGCCGCGGUCGCCCAGCCUGGUCCUCUUUGUAACUGCAGUCAUUAGCAAGUUUUUGGAGAGCGUCUGGCCUCUGCACAAUGGCCGCCUCUGUGUGCAGACGCCUGGCUGUCUGCUGCCUGCUCGUCACUGUGGCUCAGCUGCACUGCUCCCAGGGGUUCAGCCGAGCCGCCCUGCCUUUCGGAUUGGUCAGGAGAGAGCUGUCCUGCGAGGGUUAUCCAAUCGACCUGCGCUGUCCGGGAAGUGAUGUCAUCAUGGUGGAGACUGCUAACUAUGGGCGGACAGACGACAAGAUCUGUGAUGCUGACCCCUUUCAGAUGGAAAACAUCAACUGCUACCUCCCCGAUGCCUACAAAAUCAUGUCACAAAGGUGUAACAAUCGGACCCAGUGCAUUGUGAUCACAGGGUCGGAUGUCUUCCCUGACCCCUGUCCAGGGACCUACAAGUACCUGGAGGUCCAGUACGAAUGUGUUCCCUACAAAGUGGAGCAAAAAGUUUUUCUGUGUCCCGGGACGCUGAAAGCGGUGGCCGAGGCAUCCUUUGCAUUUGAGGCGGAGCAGCAGGCGGGGGCGUGGUGCAGGGACCCCCUGCAGGCGGGCGAUAAGGUCUACUUCAUGCCCUGGACGCCCUACCGCACCGACACGCUGAUGGAGUACGCUUCAUUGGACGAUUUCCAGAACGCGCGGCAGUCCACCACGUACAAGCUCCCGCACCGCGUGGACGGCACGGGCUUCGUGGUGUACGACGGCGCCGUCUUCUUCAACAAGGAGAGGACCCGAAACAUCGUCAAAUUCGACCUGCGCACCCGCAUCAAGAGCGGCGAGGCCAUCAUCGCCAACGCCAACUACCACGACACCUCGCCCUACCGCUGGGGCGGCAAGACGGACAUCGACCUGUCCGUGGACGAGAACGGGCUGUGGGUGAUCUACGCCACCGAGCACAACAACGGCAUGAUCGUGCUGAGCCAGCUAAACCCGUACACGCUGCGGUUCGAGGCCACCUGGGAGACCAGCUACGACAAGCGCUCGGCCUCCAACGCCCUCAUGAUCUGCGGCGUGCUGUACGUGGUGCGCUCCACCUACGAGGACAACGAGAGCGACGUCAGCAGAAGCCUGAUCGAUUACGUCUACAACACCAAGCACAGCCAGGGCGAGUCUGUGGAUAUCCCCUUUCCCAACCAGUACCAGUACAUCACCGCCGUGGAUUACAACCCCAGAGAUAACCAGCUGUACGUGUGGAAUAACUUUUACAUACUGAAGUACAACCUGGAGUUCGGACCCCCCGACCCCGCUCAAGUACCCACGGUGUCAGAGGUGCCUGUCACGUCUGAACUUCCCAAAACGACGACCACCACCACGACCACCCCAUCCACGCCGGCCCCCAGAGACCCCGCCAGCGCGGCGUCCACAGCCUGGCCAAAGGACUCGAACCAGGGAGCCAGACCACACCCCCAGGCCCCCGAGCCCACGACCCCGCCCUCCUCCAGCUCCCACACCCUGCCCCAGCGCUUCUGUGAGGCCACCCUGAGGAGGGGCAUCUCCUGGCCCCAAACACAGAGGGGCCUGUCUGUGGAGCGACCCUGCCCUAAAGGAACCCGAGGCACUGCCUCCUUCCUGUGUGUCUUGGCGACGGGGUCGUGGAACCCGAGGGGACCGGACCUCAGCAACUGCACGUCCCACUGGGUCAACCAGGUGGCUCAGAAGAUCAGAAGCGGAGAAAACGCCGCCAACCUGGCGAACGAGCUGGCCAAGCACACCAAGGGGCCCAUCUUCGCCGGGGACGUCAGCUCGGCCGUGCGGCUGAUGGAGCAGUUGGUGGACAUCUUAGAUGCGCAGCUUCAGGAGCUGCGGCCCAGUGAGAAGGACUCUGCAGGGCGCAGUUUUAACAAGCUUCAAAAGAGAGAAAGGACAUGCAGAGCGUAUAUGAAGGCGAUUGUCGACACGGUGGACAACCUCCUGAGACCAGAGGCGCUGAAGUCGUGGGCCGACAUGAACUCGACAGAGCAGACCCACGCGGCCACCAUGCUGCUGGACACGCUGGAGGAAGGAGCCUUCGUCCUGGCCGAUAACCUUAUGGAGCCGGCCGUGGUGAAGGUGCCGGCCGAGAACGUCAUUUUGGACGUGUACGUGCUCAGCACUGACGGGCAGGUCCAGGACCUGCGUUUCCCCCAGAGCAGCAGCGCUGGCGUCUCCAUCCAGCUGUCCUCCAACACGGUGAAGCUCAACAGUAAAAACGGAGUAGCCAAGCUGGUGUUUGUUCUGUACAAGCGUUUGGGUCAGUUCCUCAGCACGGAGAACGCCACCAUAAAAAUGGGCCACGAGGCCAGCGGGCGGAACCACUCGAUCGCCGUCAACUCCCACAUCAUCUCAGCCUCCAUCAACAAGGAGUCCAGCCGGGUCUUCAUCUCAGAGCCUGUGCUGUUCACCCUGGAGCACAUCGAUACUGAGCACUACUUCAACUCCAACUGCUCAUUCUGGAACUACUCGGAGAGAAGCAUGAUGGGAUACUGGUCCACCCAGGGCUGCAAACUCCUGGGAGUCAACAAGACGCACACCACCUGCUCCUGCAGCCACCUAACCAACUUCGCCAUCCUAAUGGCCCGUAGAGAAGUCACAGACAGAGACGGGGUACACGAGAUCUUCCUCACCAUCCUGACCCGCGUGGGCAUCGCUGUGUCGCUCGUCUGCCUGGCCAUCAGCGUCUUCACCUUCUGCUUUUUCCGCGGACUGCAGAGCGACCGCAACACCAUCCACAAGAACCUGUGUCUCAACCUCUUCAUCGCCGAACUCAUCUUCCUUAUUGGCAUCGAUAUGACAGAGCCCAGGAUCGGCUGCUCCGUCAUCGCCGGCCUGCUGCACUUCUUCUUCCUGGCGGCGUUCUCCUGGAUGUGUCUGGAAGGCGUGCAGCUCUAUCUGAUGCUGGUUGAAGUUUUCGAGAGUGAAGAUUCCCGUAAGAAGUACUACUAUCUCUCAGGCUACAUGAUUCCAGCGAUAGUGGUGGGCAUCUCUGCUGCCAUCGACCAUGAGAGCUACGGCACAAAGACGGCGUGCUGGCUGAGGGUGGAUAACCACUUCAUAUGGAGCUUCAUUGGGCCCGUCACCCUCAUCAUCGCGCUCAAUCUCAUCUUCUUGGUUAUAACCAUGUACAAGAUGGUGAAGCACACGACCUCACUGAAACCCGACUCCAGCAGGAUGGAGAACAUCAAGUCGUGGGUGCUGGGGGCGUUCGCUCUGCUCUGCCUGCUGGGCCUCACCUGGUCCUUCGGCUUGUUCUUCAUGAACGAGUCGUCCAUCGUCAUGGCGUACCUCUUCACCAUAUUCAACACCCUGCAGGGCAUGUUCAUAUUCAUAUUCCACUGCCUGCUGCAGAAAAAGGUGCGUAAGGAGUACAGUAAAUGCCUGCGUCAGUCUCAUUGCUGCAGAGGCGUGGCCACAGACAGCUCCCACAGCUCCGCAAAGACCUCCACCUCCAGAGCCAACGCCCGUUACUCCUCUGCCACACAGAGCCGGAUCCGCAGGAUGUGGAACGACACUGUCAGGAAGCAGUCAGAGUCGUCCUUCAUGUCGGGUGACAUUAACAGCACCUCAACCCUGAACCAAGGAAUGACAGGAAAUUAUCUUCUAACUAACCCUCUCCUCCGACCACACGGCACUAGCAACCCCUAUAACACCUUACUGGCUGAGACAGUGGUGUGCAACAGUACGGGCCCUCCUGUCUUUAACUCCUCAGGGACCUACAGAGAGACAAGACAUUCACUGAGCAAUGCCCGGGACACCAGUGCGACGGACACGCUACCACUCAACGGUAACUUCAACAACAGCUACUCCCUGGGAAACGGCGACUUCAGCGACGGCCUGCGGGGGGCGCCGUGCGGGCUCAGCCUGGACGACGCCGCCUUCGAGAAAAUGAUCAUUUCAGAGCUGGUGCAGAACAACCUGCGGGGCUGCAGCAAGAGUCACCACACAGAGUGGGGAGGGGGCCCGGGGGGGCUGGGAGUCCGUGGCGGGGGGGACGACGCCCUCACAGCCGACGCCUCGUCCCUGGUACACGGCGACCCCCCCGCGGCGGAGCUGGAGGCCCCCCUGCUGCCGCAGAGGACUCACUCCCUCCUGUACGGCCCCCAUGGGCCGCACCCCAGCCCCCGGCCCGAGGGCCCGGACAGCUACCUCACACAGCUCCCCGACGCCGAGGACAAGCUGCACACCCCAAACAGAGACUCUCUGUACACCAGCCUGCCCAACCUCACAGACUCGCCCUGUCCCGAGAGUGGGGGCGAGGAGGGCCCGCACUCCCCCUCCCACCGCAGCGAGAGGGAGGACCUUUACUGCACCAGCGUGCCGGACCUGGGGCACGGGCCCCCCCUGCAGCCCUACUACCACAUCAGCAGCAGCGAGGCCUACAUCCUGCCCGUCGCCAAGGACGAGCCCGCCCCCGAGGGAGACGCCAGCGACGGGCAGAUGCAGCUGGUCACGAGCCUCUAAGCGCAGUGGGCCCUGGGCCCCCGGACUUCCUGUGCUGCGAUACAGACUCCGCGGAACACAAGCAGAGCAUUUUCUUUGUCGUGUUGUUGUUGGUCAGAGACUCACCGUUUUGGUGUUUAGGUGAGCUGCCGGAGGAGAGUGGAGCGGUCAGAGCGAGCUCGAUGCCGUCUGGGGAGCAUCUCACGCACGGCUCCCUCCUCCCUCCGAAUGUCUGCGCUCUGUUACAUACCAGCUCCAGAGCUGCGGGGCUGAAGGCUCUCUGAGGCGAUGAUAAAAUCAGAUACAAUAAGGUCCUGAUCCCAGAACAGUUGCUUCCGUCGUGGUGAAGCCUGGAAGCAUAUGACCACUAGCAGUCUAGCCUCAGGCCUUAUAUUUUCUCAGCUGUACAUUAAACUUCUCAGCAGAAAUGGUUAAAAAAGAUCUAUUUUGUUGUAUCUCUCACUAAUGUAAA